GGGUCGCAUCGCCUACGUGAGGACCAGCAAGUGCUCAUGAUGUUGUCGCACACAACUCUACUUGUUUGUCGUCUGAACUGUCAUCCAAUGUCUCCUCGAGACCACAAUAGUAGAAAUCAUUGCACUUAGGUCAAACGUGUUAACCUACUCCUGUAUACUGUAUAUGCAUUCCUCUCUAGGUUGUGUAUAGAACCAUGUUACGUAACACCAAUCCAGCCGUACGUUAUGUGCUGUAUGUGAAUGGAUGGGAGAACACUAUCACACAAUCAUUCACACAAGUUUGGUUUUAAGAUUGUGCAGUAUUACAUUGGGAAAGUUGUAGAUUUUAGGCCAUUCUGGAUCAUUGCAUUCACAUUGAACAUGGAUAUUAGCCGAUGGGAUGAACGCUGCUGUCCGAGCGGUGGUCCGCAUGGGGAUCUAUGUGGGAGCCAAAGUCUACUUCAUCCAUGAGGGCUACCAGGGCAUGGUGGAUGGUGGGGACAACAUCAAGGAAGCCACGUGGGAAAGUGUCUCGAGCAUGUUGCAAGUGGGCGGCACAGUCAUCGGCAGUGCUCGCUGUAAAGCAUUUCGUACCCACGAGGGACGCCUGAAAGCCGCUCACAAUCUAGUGGAGAGAAACAUCACCAACCUGUGUGUGAUCGGAGGAGAUGGCAGUCUGACUGGAGCUAACCUCUUUAGGGAGGAGUGGAGCGGCCUGCUGGAUGAACUCCUGCAGCAAGGUCUGAUCAGCGAGGACGCCGUGCACACUAACUCUGUGCUGCACAUUGUGGGCAUGGUGGGAUCCAUCGACAACGACUUCUGCGGCACCGACAUGACCAUUGGCACCGACUCGGCGCUGCACCGCAUCAUUGAGGUGGUGGACGCCAUCAUGACCACUGCUCAGAGCCACCAGAGGACGUUUGUGCUCGAGGUGAUGGGACGCCACUGUGGCUACCUGGCUCUGGUCAGUGCUCUGGCGUGUGGAGCAGACUGGGUGUUCUUCCCAGAAAUGCCUCCUGAAGACGGCUGGGAGGAUAACAUGUGUCAGAAACUGUCUGAGAACCGUGCUGACAAGAAAAGACUCAACAUCAUCAUCGUAGCUGAAGGCGCCAUUGACUGCCACAACAAGCCCAUCACGCCUGAUUACAUUAAAGACCUGGUGGUGCGCAACCUGGGCUUCGACACCAGGGUGACCAUCCUGGGCCACGUGCAGAGAGGCGGGACACCAUCAGCGUUCGACAGGAUCCUGGCCAGUCGUAUGGGCGUGGAGGCGGUGCUGGCCUUACUGGAGGCUUCUGCUGGCACUCCAGCCUGCGUCGUGUCUCUGGUUGGCAACCAAGCAGUCAGGCUGCCUCUCAUGGAGUGUGUGCAGAUGACGCAGGAAGUGCAGAAGGCCAUGGACGAGAAGAAGUUUGAGGACGCAGUGAGACUGCGUGGCAGGAGCUUUGAGAACAACUUGAUCACAUACAGACUUCUCUCCUACCGUAAAGCUGACUCUGAGAUUCCAAAUAGCUCCUUCAACGUGGCUGUAUUGAACGUGGGUGCUCCCGCCGCCGGCAUGAACGCCGCCGUGCGCUCGGCCGUCAGGGUGGGAAUAACUGAAGGACACAAAAUGUUUGCAGUGAGCGAUGGCUUUGAAGGAUUCUACAAAGGGCAGAUCAAGGAGAUCAAGUGGGGUGAUGUCGGAGGCUGGACGGGGCAAGGAGGCUCUCUGCUCGGGACAAAGAGAACUCUCCCUGGCAAACAUUUGGAACAAAUAGCCGAGCAGAUUAGGAUCCACAACAUCAACGCGCUGCUCGUCAUCGGUGGCUUUGAGGCCUACGUGGGAUUACUGGAACUUUCUGCAGUGCGGGACAAAUUUGAUGAGUUCUGCGUGCCCAUGGUGAUGGUCCCUGCCACGGUGUCCAACAAUAUACCGGGCUCGGACCUCAGCAUCGGCUCGGACACGGCACUCAAUGCCAUCACGGAUACGUGUGACCGCAUCAAGCAGUCGGCCAGCGGCACAAAGCGGCGGGUCUUCAUCAUCGAGACCAUGGGCGGCUACUGCGGCUACCUGGCCACCGUGGGAGGGCUGGCGGCAGGCGCAGACACCGUCUACAUCUAUGAGGAGCCCUUUGACAUACGCGACCUGCAGGCCAACGUGGAACAUCUGACACAGAAGAUGAAGACAACCAUCCAGAGAGGUUUGGUGCUCAGGAAUGAGAGUUGCAAUGAGAAUUUCACCACUGACUUCAUCUACCAGCUGUACUCUGAAGAGGGACGAGGAGUUUUUGACUGCAGGAAGAACAUUCUAGGCCACAUGCAACAGGGCGGAGCUCCGUCUCCCUUCGACAGAAACUUCGGGACCAAAGUAGCAGCAAAGGCUGUCCAAUGGAUCACGAAGACCCUCAAGGAGUCGUACAAAGGAGGACGAGUGUUUGCUAACUCUGAGGAGAGCGCCUGUCUGCUGGGGAUGAGACGCCGAGCUCUCGUCUUUCAGCCUGUGUCCAAGCUACGAGACGAGACAGACUUUGAACACAGGAUCCCUAAGGAGCAGUGGUGGCUGAAGCUCCGCCCCCUGAUGAAGAUCCUGGCCAAGUACAAGACGAGCUACGACGUGUCUGACUCGGGUCAGCUGGAACAUGUUAGCCGCUUCCGGGCCAAGGAGGGUGAUGCUUCCUCGGCCAUCUGAGCUGGUCCUGCCCCUAUGCUCACAUCUGAUUGGCUGCUGAGAAGCUGAGGAGGUCUUUUAAUGUCACUGAAGUCAUAGCUGCUGUCACUUUAAGAAACUAGCUUGUUAUUCUGAUAAAUUCAGAUAUAUAUGAUCUCAAUAUGCACUCCUAAUGAUGUACUGUAUUUGAGUUUUAGCACUAAAAUGUAGCUUUUAUUUGGUUUGGACGACGUAUAAGAGUUGUUUUGUGUCGUCGUUGUGUGUACAACAUGAAAGUUGUGUCCAGUUUUGUCUUUGUCAGUGGAUGCUGUUAGUUUGGCAGUGAAGUGCCUCCAAGCGUCUGCAGCAUCACCUGUGUGUGGGUGUGUGCACAGUAUUAAAACUUCGAUUGUGCUCAUGAGAUUAUCUUUGUGCUUACGUAUUACUCUUAUGACACAUUCUCAGCUAUGACCUGGAACGCCCCCUGUCUGAACCAGAUUAUAACAGCAAGUGGCGCCAUCGUGUAAAUGUUCUAUUAAAACUGACGUAUCCUUCCAAAGUCUGUUCAUGUUCACUCUGUUGACCGCUAGAUGGCUGCAGAGUACAAUAUUAGUUCCGGUAGCUUGCAGCGAUCAAUUGUUUGGAUUGUACUUCCAUGUGUAUACAGUGGCGGAGGCAGAAAUUUUCAUUGGGGUGGCCAAGGUGAGACCGUUACUCACAUAGACGUGACAAUAAGUUGAUACCUGAAAUGUCUAGAUGGACAGUGCGGUAGCCAGCGAGUGACCAGGGGUGGCCACGGCGAUCACUGGCCACCCCGUAGCUCCGCCACUAUGUGUAUUUGAUCACUUAUUAAUAGAAUGUAUCCAACAAACAACGUGUUAAGUUAACAAGUAGCGCGUCAUUAAGAGACUUUUGCUAGGAUAGACUUCUGCAUUUAUAAAAGUUAGUGCUGCUUGUAUCACAUAUCUUUUUCAAAAAAAGCAAACUCAUAAAUUGUACUUGGUGAGAAGUGAACUGUUAAAAUUGAUUGUCAGAAGUCUGAUCUAACAACAACAUGGUGAAAGAAAACCUAACCCACGUUUACAAAGGAUUUACACAUCGCGUGAGGUUAAAUAUAUAAGUUAUGCCCUUGCAAAGAUAAAAACGGUCUGUCCGUGUUUGAAUGUUUUCUACAACACAUUUAAAGAUCCAGUGAGCAGAAGACAGUGAUAACAAUUCCAUAAAAAUGUUUUAUUCUCAAAAUAAAAUCUUCUAUCAAAGUGACAAUUAUACAUAUUUACAUCAUCUGUGUGUGCAGCAAUAAUAAUAUAAAUACCAUCUGAAACCCG